CACGCUGAUCAGACUUUACUUCGAUGCUGAUACUCAUACUCUUCAUUGGUGACCACGUUAAAGUUCAAAAUGCGUUCAAUGUAGUACCGCGAAAGCGCCGUGAGGCAGCGCCACCUCGCCCGUUACCCCGAAUUCCCGUGCUUCCAUGCGAACUCGCUAGGAUCAUACACAUGUGCAGAGAACGGGGUAUCUACUACCAAUUGUAGAGAUCUCAUCACUGCAAUGAGUACCAGGCGCAUGAACGCUGGACCGACGUGGCGAGCACUGAGUGGACGGGGAAGGCUGCGUUGCCCUCCGCUGUUACACAGCAUGGCAGCUGCAGCAAGUAUCGUCAGCAGCCCAUCCCGCUGCGAUUAUUGCUACUCAUGAUAACCUUUGCCCUUCUCGAAAGUAAAAUCAUGAACUCAACUUCUACCUUCUAUUUGUUGACAGCAAAACGUCACUGCAAUGGCACCGAAGAAGAACUCCAAAUCUGCUUCAUCAGCAUUCACGUGUACUUCUUGCACAAAACCAUUCGCUAGUGCCAAAGCCUUAUCGGAUCAUUUUCGGUCCAAGCAUACGAUAUUCGCCACCACGAGUGGUAGCACUGCUACCGAGAAACCAAUCAAUAUGCCAAACACGAUUCCGACGAAGAACGUCGGGUUAGAAGCCCCCUCAGUUAUGAAAGAAACGACCGUGGCUUGGAACACAUUGACAUCAGACGUCGAGUCCUCACUUCAUACAAGGAUACCUUCAUGGUCAAAUGUCCAAGAUCUGUCCUCGACGCCGCGACCGUUCAAACAAACUCAGUUCAUCAGGGAGCGCACUCAAAUGACAAACACACCACGAUCAAAAACUUCCAAACAACAAGUUCCCAAACAACAAAUUCCCGAACCACAAGUUCCCAGACCACAAGUCCCUAACCCAAAAGCUCCCAACACAAAAGCUCUCAACCCAAAAUCUCCCAGACCAAAAGCUCCCCAACCAAUAGCUACCACCUCAAAAGCGCAAACUCCCAAAACGCACCCAGUCCCCGAGUGGUCCGCCAUCCCAGACAGCAAACAACCCGCAGCACUUACCGCACUCAUCAUGCACUGCCACACCCGUCCAGUUCUUACAGCGAACGAAUACAAAUUCGGAACAACCCUGCCCAUCCCUUUCAACACCAAUGCUGCCCACCCCUCCCCUCCAAAGCGCACGGCCAUAACGCUAGACUGCGAAAUGGUCGGCGUCGCACCCAACAACACCUCCUCGCUAGCUCGCUUCUCGGUAAUCGACUACCUCACCAAUGAGAUUCUCAUCGAUACGCUCGUUCAACCAACCGAAUCUGUCACAGAUUGGCGGACUCGAUACAGCGGGAUCACGAGAGGGGCUAUGGCGACUGCUGUGCUGCACGGGAGAGCCUUGAAAGGUUCCGCUGAAGCACGCGUGGAGUUGUUCAAGUAUGUUGAUAGUGAUACGGUGUUUGUUGGACACGCUUUACAGCAUGACUUGUUGGCGUUGGGCAUCCGACACGACCGUAUCGUUGAUUCAGCAAUUCUAGCAACUGAGGCUGUAGGAAAGGGUGUGAAGAGGCGGUGGGGUCUCAAAGAUCUAGCCAGUCAACUGCUCGACAUCAAGAUCCAGGGUGGUGACAAAGUGGGACAUGAUUCCGUUGAAGAUGCAUUUGCAGCUCGGGAGAUUGUGCUGUGGUGUAUUGAGCAUCCGAAUAAGUUGAGAAUUUGGGCAGAGAGGAAGAGGAAGGAGCGAUAUGGCAAAAGCAAGAAGACUACUGUCAAGAAAGGGGUUAGUUCGAGAGGGUUUCGUCUGUCGUCUUCGACACCCCGGUGGUGUGGGUGCGUUGGGGAUGAAGACGUGUUGACGUGGUCGGAUUUUGCGGGGGAUUGUGGGGAUGGGAAUUAUGAUCCUUGGUCGGACUAGACUGAUGGUAGGCGGUACAUCUUGCGUUGAGACUUGACGUUCAAAGCUGAGGACGCGAAUUCUACGUUGACGCAUUGUCGCGAAGGUAAGAAGAAGUCCACGUAUACGAGCUUAUGUAAUGUAUAUUUCAAGCUCACAGACGACACCAAUCAUCCAAGAAACGACACACCUCUUUAUAAUACACUUGUUUGAAAGAUACCAG